AAUGGCGGCUGUCGAUCCGAGUGGAAAGCCUUUUCCUCCUCUUAUCAAUGACCUUAUCCUGAGAGCGGCGAGAGGUGAAAAAACGGAACAUGUUCCCGUAUGGGUAAUGAGACAAGCGGGAAGAUAUUUGCCUGAAUUUCGAGAAGUCAGGGCAGAAAAUGAAUUCUUUAAAGUUUGCAGAACUCCUGAGUUGGCCUGUGAAGUGACUCUACAGCCACUGAGACGUUUCGAUCUGGAUGCAGCCAUUAUUUUUUCUGAUAUCUUGAUUAUACCUCAAGCAGUUGGUAUGGAAGUUCAAAUGGUACCUGGAAAGGGUCCAACCUUUCCACAGGUCUUAAAGGAGCCCAGUGAUUUGCAACAUUUAAAUUUAAACUGUAAUGUUAAAGAGGAACUUCAAUAUAUGUUGGACGCUUUAACCUUUACAAGACAUACCCUGAAUGGAAAAGUUCCCCUAAUAGGUUUUUGCGGCGGUCCUUGGACGCUGAUGGCAUAUAUGAUAGAAGGAGGUGGAUCUUCAACCCAAUCGAAAGCUAAAGCAUGGCUAUACAAAUAUCCUGAGGAUAGUCAUAUUUUAUUGAAGAGUCUGACGAAACUUUUAAUAGAAUUUUUAAUAGAUCAGGUUGUCGCUGGCGCUCAAAUGUUGCAAGUUUUUGAAUCACACGCUGGAAUUUUAACACCAGAAUGCUUCAAGACUUUCCUCUUACCUUAUAUUAAAGAAAUAGCUGAAGGUGUUAAAAGUGGUUUGAAAAGAUUAAAUAUCGAUGUGCCAAUGACGAUAUUUGCUAAAGAUGCUCAUUACGGCAUCGAAGAAUUAGCCACAACUGGAUUUGAUAUCAUCAGUUUAGAUUGGACAAUUAAACCAAUGAGAGCAAGACAUGAAGCUGGACAGAAGGUCACCUUACAAGGAAAUCUAGAUCCCUGUGCACUUUAUGGGUCUGAGAAUGAUAUUCAAGACAAUGUAAAAAAGAUGUUGAAGAAUUUUGGAACUCAAAAGUAUAUUGCGAAUCUUGGACACGGAAUGUAUCCUGAUAUGUGUCCUGAAAGUGUUCAAACUUUUGUCAAUGCUGUUCAUAAUUAUUCCAAGUUAAUGAAUGAGUCUUCUUAG